ACAAACUCCACCUCACAUCAGAGCUUGCUUGUAUUUCUGUCUGGUUCUCUCCUCCGUAGCUUGGACACAGGUCUAAAAAUGUCUUGGAUGCGCCCUGACUUGCUCACCUGUCUGGCUCUGCUGUUCGUCCUCACCUUGUUUUACGAGGUUGACACUGCAAUCGUGCCCGAUGGCAAAGAGAGUAAGAAAGCAGCGAGUCUACAAGGUGGGCUAAGAAGGAUUUUCAUGGAAGAAAGUGAUGCCACCAACUUUUUCAAGCGCCGUGGCAGAAGGGCAGUGAAAUCACAAGAUGAACUCAACGUUGAGCAGCAACAGAGGCUGGCAGCUGAUGAGAGGAAGAGAGAAUAUCACGAGGAGCAGAGGAAUGAGUUUGAAAAUUAUGCAGAGGAAGAGCAUGAUGAGCAGGACGAGAGAACCCAGGAGAGUACAGAGCAGUGGAGAGAGUUCCACCAUGAUGGCCUUGACCCUUCUUAUGAGUACAACCGCCACACAGUUUAAAGAUGUCCAAAAGACUUUUAGUCUUUUAUCAGCGACACAAAAAUUAUUCUUACUGCCAAAAUGUGUAAAAACAUCCUGACUAGCAUGGGACUCAUAUACAGUAGGUUCCGGUCCACUUCAGCAGGGCUUCUGCGAAAACCCAAGGUGUGAGGUUCACCUCCGUUUGUUGGACAAAAACUCGGUGGUUCCGUUUAAAUCAGCCGUUCCAUAUGACGUGGACGCAAGUAGAAGAAAAGUAGAAGAACGGUUAUAGUAUCACCUAACUUAUAUUAAAAAAAAGGGCUGAUUUAGUAUUUAAGCUGUGCUUAAACCAGAUGUGUGAAUGGACAUUAAUCCAGAUGUCCUCACAUGCAUAGAUAAAAGUACUACAUACAGUACAUUGCCUUAUUUUCUGAUAUAUUAGAACUAUUUUUGCAAUGAACGGGGUUAUGCAUGCGGUGUGAUCAACUAGCACGUUACAUAUAUCAUUAGAUCAUCGAUCUCUUAUUAAUCUCUUAUUAAACAUGUGACAUUCCACAACUAUAAUAUUCAACGUUAACCAUUUUAGUAGCAGCUGUUUUCAGCUGCAAUCCGCAUUCCACGUCGAAACGUGUUUAUGCGUAUAAUCUGUACUUGUACAUGGGAUCGUAUAUGAUAAGAUACGGUACGAACGUGACAUUAAGGUGAGGUUAUCUUUACUCUUUCAGAUGUGAUGAGCGACAUCAGUUAAAUAAAAAGCGAUAUCAAAUUCCAAGGCCUGAUUUCUGUCGUGAAAAUAUCGACCUUGUGGGGGAAGAAAAACAAGGCCUCAGCAUGAGACUGAGAAAUCCUGCACCUAGCUGCUAAAUUCGAAGCAUUUCUAUGAAGACUGUGACGAAAAACUGAGUAAAUGAGUAUGAGCUGUGUAUUUUCAUCUUUCACAGAAAGUUUGCAUUCAAUCAAAUAAUAUACCGGUUGCCAGUGCACAGAGUUGUGCGCAUACAAAGCACCACUGAUUUCUUGAUUUCAUUUUUAAAAUGUAUUUUUAAUUAAAUGCUUAAAUACUUCACGCAGAGAUUCCUCACUAAAUCAAGACUGACAUUUUUCUGAGUGACAAGAAUUGAUCCCCCCCCCCCCCCUUCAUGAUUCAUUACUCUUAAAUAAAUAACAAUAAGAACACAUAAAUACAAAACGGUGUAUAACACACAUCACUGCCGUCAAGCUUUUAAUGUAUUUCUGAAAGCAUUGAUACAUUCCAGUACGUUCGGUACGAAAGAAAAAACUUUCUGUGGAUAAUAAAUGAAUAAUAACUAGUGUCACUUACACUUACCCUAACAUCACCCCUAACAACACACCCCUCUGAUGACAUUUGAAAGCAAGUCUCAGGUUUAAGAGAAUGUUAAAUGUUCGAACAAAUCACACGAAAUAUUUGCAGCAGUACCCACACACACGCUGAUAAGAAAAA